AUUAGAUUGAAGAGUGCACCUGGGGCAUCUUUAGUCAGUGCUUUAGAGGCCACGAAGCAAUUUCUAGGAUAGACGAACGACGCUCGCGACGACGCGCUGCGACGCACACGACAAAAAAAUACACAAUACGACACCACGCGCCAUUUUGCCAUUUUCUGUGUGUGCAGUGAAGUGAAGUGCUACUAAAAUCUUCAAAAUUCAACCCUUCUAAGAAGGCCGAUUUCAUGUGUUCUAUAUCGAAGUAAAAGAGCAAUAGCAUGGGAGUGGCAGAGGAUUUCGCUCCCAGCUUCACGCAAAAGCCUCAAUUGAGGCAGGAGGACGAUGGAAACAAACUCAUUUUCGAAUGCCAGUUACUGGCUGCUCCGAAACCGGAAAUCGAAUGGUUUCGAAGCGAUAUACCACUUUCAGAAGACAGUAGAACUAAUUUUAAAAUUCAAUCCAUAGGCACCAACAAAUUUUUAGUAGUACUCGAAUUAGAUGAUGUUAUUGAAACCGACGCUGGCCUUUACAAGGUCAAAGCGAAAAAUACCAUGGGGGAAAUAGCAGCCUCCAUCAAUCUCAACUUCAGCCCCAUGGACGAACCAAAAGAAAAACAAAUAGACGGCCUAGCACCCACUUUUGCGAAGAAACCAGCUAUUCGCCAAGAAGAUGAUGGCAAAAAAUUAUUAUUCGAAUGUAGGAUACAGGCCGAUCCCCGUCCAACCGUCAGUUGGUCCCACAAUGGCAACGCUGUUAGCGAAGGUCCACGUCACAAGUUGAGGAUAGAUAAAGAUGGCCAUUCAUAUUUUGCGACCCUUGAAAUAAUCGAUGUCACGGUAGAGGAUGCUGGCAAAUACAAGGUGACCGCAAAAAAUGACUUGGGAGAAAGUAACGCCACAAUCAGCCUUAACUUUGACAGCGAUGAGGCACCUGUGCCGGAAAAGGAGGGCAUCAGGCCGACCUUCACGGAGAGACCACUCAUCAGACAGACGGAAGACGGGUCCACCAUCACCUUCCUGUGCCGCUGCGUCGGUGAACCUAAACCAGAAAUACAAUGGUUCCACGGAAAGGAAGAGAUCAAACAGAAUAGUCGGUAUUCGAUGUCUAUGGAGGUGGAUGAGAAGAUCUACUACAUGGCACAACUGCAAAUUGCCAACGUCAAAAGGAAUGAUCGUGGAGAGUACCGCGCCGUUGCGAAAAAUCGAUUUGGUCAAGGCGUCGCUACCAUCAACUUGAAUUUCGAGGGUAUAGAAAAACCCAAAAUACCCGACGGAAAGGCUCCGAGGUUUCCCAAAAAGCCAACCAUCAGACAAGAAGGCGAUGUCCUCAUCAUGGAGUGUCUUCUUGAGGCACACCCCGACCCUGACAUAACGUGGUUUCAGAGCGAGAAAAGCAUCGCCGACAGCACGCGAGUACGCAUGCUCCGAAAGACCACGUGUAAAGACACGUAUCUUCUCACUUUAGAAAUCGCAAAUCCCACUCGCGAAGAUGGCGGACAUUAUAGAUGUAACGCUUUCAAUGAAUUUGGUGAAAGCAAUGCAAAUAUUGCAUUGAAUUUCCAAGGUGGAGAUAGCGCUGAUGGCUUUGCGCCUUCUUUCCUUGAGAAACCCAAAAUCAUACCUAAUGAGAGUGGCACUCUUAUUACUAUGAAAUGUAAAUGCAAAGCUAAACCUAAACCUGACGUCACGUGGUUCCGCGGAACCACAGCCGUCAAGGAAUCUUCCAAAAUUAAAAUCCAGAUCGUUGAUCUCGAAGAAGACAAAUUCGAACUGUCCUUAGAAAUCAAGGAUCCAUCGGCAGCUGAUGGGGGUACUUACAGAUGCCAUGUGAAGAACGAAUACGGAGAAAGUAAUGCAAAUCUGAACCUAAAUAUCGAAGCAGAACCAGAACCAGAAGGAGAAGGACCAACGUUCGUCGAAAAACCCAGGAUAACCUCUCACGAUGGAGGCAAACUCGUUGUCAUGGAGUGUAAAGUUCGUGCUAAUCCUAAACCUACUAUAGUUUGGUACAGAGAAAGCAAAGAAGUCACAGAAUCAUCCAAAAUUAAGAUCAGUAUUAAACAAACAGAAGAAGAUAUAUAUUACGUCAAAUUGGAACUCAAUGAUCCGGGGAUUGAUGACUCUGGCUUGUACAAAUGCAAUAUAAGGAACACACUUGGUGAACUCAACGCCAACCUCACCUUAAACAUCGAGAUUAUUCCUGUUAUCAAAGAAAAACCCAAAGUUAUUAAAAUCAUUAAGAAGAAAACUGUUAUUGUUGAAUGUAAAGUUCUCAGCAAGUUUGCACCUGAUUGUACAUGGUUUAAGGAAAGCGAUGCCGUUAAAGAAGAUUCAAGACAUACUGUUCACGUUGACCAAGUUAAAGACGGCGAAUUUACUGUUAAACUCGAAAUUAAUGAAGUUGAGAAAAAAGACAAAGGUAUGUACAAAUUGGUUGCUAAAAACGAAAAGGGUGAGGCAACUUCACAAGUCGUUGAAGUCACUGAGUUACCUCCAGAGGAGAAACCCAAAGGAGACAAGCCGAAACUGACCAAACUAACCAAUAUCGUUACUGACGAAGGAAAAUCAGUUGAUUUUAUAACUUCUCUCAAAAUCGAAGACAAAACAGUCAAAAUCACAUGGUACAAGAACACCACUGUGAUAACCGAAUCUUCAGAAAUCAAAAUCUCUUUUGAUGGCACUGUGACGCGACUUAGCAUUAGUAAAUGUAAAGUAUCACAUUCCGCUACAUACAAGUGCGUUGCCAAAAACGAAUUUGGCGAAGACGAAAUAAGCGCUACACUUAAAGUAAACGAAGCUAAAGAGGAAGAUGAAGAAGAAGAAGAAUCCGAAGAGGAGGUUAUCGAAGAAAAGAAAGAGGAAAAGAAAGAAGAAAAGAAAGAAGAAAAACAGGAAAAGAAAGUUGAAGAGAAAAAAGAAGAAAAAAAGGUAGAAAAGAAAGAAGAGAAGGUUGAAAAGAAAGUAGAAAAGAAAGAGGAAAAGAAAACAGAAGAAAAGAAAGCAGUUAAAAAGAUAGAAAAGAAAGAGGAAAGAAAAGAAGAGGAGAAAAUGAUAAUUAAGAAGGACGAAGAAAAGAAAAAAGACGAAAAGAUUGUGGCCAAAAAGGAAGAGGAAAAGAAAGAUGUUGAGAAGAAAAUAAGGCGUACAUCGGUUCAACAGAACGAAGAAGUAAGAACCGAAUCACGCAGAAGCUCAAUUAUACAAACCGAAGAAAAAGUUAUUAAAGAUGGAAAAGUUAGUAGGAAAUCUUCCAUUUCAAAAGUCAAUGAGGAGAGUAAGACUGAGUCCAGGCGCACAUCAUUAGUAGAUGACAAGAAAAAGAUAACCAAAGAUACCAAAAAAUUGGAAACCACAAAAGAAGUGAAAACCCCUGACACACCACUCAAUCACAUUGAAGAUAGUUUCCAAAAGGCUACGGACACUAAAAAGGUACCAGAAUCCAAACCUGAGGACAAACCCAAGACCGAAGCCACCACCAAAACACGAGUAGAGGAGAAAACAAAAACUGAGAUUAAAAAAGAGGUCGAAAAGAAAGUGGAAAAACCAAAAGAGCCAGAACCAGAGGAGCCUAAACCGAAAAGUGACAAAUUAGCGCCAAUUAAAACUGCUACUAGAAAAUCCCUUACACCUGAACCCGAGAAGUCCAAACUUCAGGAGAAAAAGGUAUCUCCAACAAAAACCCUUACACGGAAAUCCCUAACUCCUGAACCUGAGAAACCACAAGACAAAACUAAACCAACAGAUGAAUCUUCAAGUCCUGCCUCAAUUCCUCGAAAAUCUCUUACACCAGAAUCAGUACCUAAACCAAAAGAUGAAACAUUAGUUUCACGUAAAUCUGUAUCAGAAACAACUCCAAGCAAACUCCUAACCCCAGAUUCUGGAAAACCCCAACCUAAAGAAGACAAAUUACCUUCUCCCCUCACAUCUCCUCGUACUUCAAUAACUUCAGACCCCAAAAAAUCCGAAGAAAAGCCACAACUAAAGGAGGACAAAUUGCCCUCUAUACUCAAAUCCCCCCGUACAUCAAUAAAAGAAGACAAAUUACCUUCCUCACUUAAGUCCCCUCGUACAUCAAUAACUUCAGAGCCCAAAAAAUCUGAAGACAAACCACAACUUAAGGAGGAGAAAUUGGCACCAACACAAACAACUCCGCGCCAUUCCUUGACCCCAGAUCCUAACACAACUGAAAACAAGCUUACACCUACACAGAACAGAUUAGGCACACCCUUGAUCACAGAACCAGAAAAGCCUACAGACAGGCCAUCGCUUUUCGAGAAAGUCGAAAAGCCUAAGGAAGAAAAUAAACCCCUAACACCCCAACCUUUCGCUAAGAGAGAGCCUCAAAAAUCAGAAUUAACUGUUCUGAAUCUUGAAGAAAGACGUGCGUCUCUGAAGAAGUCAGAAGAAAAGCUGGGAGUAGCCGAAGUUAAAAAGCUGGAAAAACCUAAAAGGGUAAUACCCCCUAAAGAAGAAGCUCAAAAGGGUUCGUUCUUGAACAUUCAAUUGAAACCAGUUCAAUCGGAGGGUAAAAAAGCUGAAAAGGCGAAUAAACUUGAAGUUGACUUGAAGAAAGGAGCAGUUGAAGAGAAAAAGACAACAGUCAAAAAAUCUUCUGCCAAAAAAGAAGAUUAUGAUAUUAAUGCUUGGGAAAAUAUCCCUGAUUACGACAGACCAGUGUUAGAGAAAUUCGAAAAACAUGAUGCUCCAGAAUAUGCUGGUAGAGAAAAGAGUAAAUUCUCUAAGGAAAGACCAUCUAUCUCAGUCGAAGGAAAAGAAAAAGCUCCUUCUCAGUCAGCUAUAUCUGAACAACCUAGACCUAGCCUUCCUCAAAUUAAGACUCCAGAUGCACCCAAAAUCGAAGUGAGUAGGGAAAAAACUCCCGAACCCAGAAAGAAAUCUCUCGAGCCUGGCUCAGGUCCAGGAAGUCGUAGAGGAUCUCUUAUUCCUCCAGAAGCCAUGGGCAGACGUGCCAGUCUUAUCAUCUCCGAUGAGGAACGUAGGAAACUUCGUCCAGGAGAGGUUUUAGAAGACAAAAAGGGAGGAAAAUUACGUCCUGGGGAAGUGCUAGAUCCAAAGCGUCGUCGUCCGAGCUCCGACGUACGUCGACCAAGUUUAGCUGAAUUGGAGGAUCUCGUGAACAAACCCUCGACUCCUUUGAAACCUUCCGGUCCAAAGGGAGCAGCACCUCAAAUUGUCGAUGUCCAAGAAAAUUACUCCUCAGUUGAAGAUCAAACUGCUUACAUUACUAUCCAAGUUGAGGGUGAUCCACCACCGACAUUCAAAUUCUAUAAGGGUAUGACUCAACUUAUUGAGGGUGGUAGAUUCAGAUUUGUAACCGAUGGUGAAACAAACUUGAUCACACUCUGCAUUAGAAAGGUAAAGCCCAAUGAUGAGGGUACCUAUAAAGUUGUCAUAGCCAACGUCCAUGGUGAAGACUCCGCUGAAAUGACCCUCUUCGUAGCUGGUGCUGGAGGUGUUGAUUUCCGUUCUAUGCUCAUGAAGAGAAAGUACGCCAAAUGGGAUAAGGAUAAGGAAGACCCCAACUGGGGAGACUUAAAAGAGGUUGAAAAACCAGUGCCAGCAUUAAAAAAAGUCGAAAAGAAACAAGAAAGUUUCCUUAAACCAUUGGUAGAUCAGUUCGCUAAAGAAGGAAAAGAUAAGAAAGUUGUGUUCGACGCUGGUUUCUCAAAAACCAACUGUAAACCAAAAUGGCUGUUCAGGAAAGACGAACUUUUCCCAGGAUCUAAAUACAAAUUUAAGAAUGAAGGUGACGUGUACCAGCUGAUCAUCAGCAAUCCUAAAGUAGAGGAUACUGGAAAAUACACAAUUGAAAUCGGAGGAGUCAGCUCUACCGGUUUCCUGACAGUAGAUGAACCAGAUCCAUGUUACACCUUUACCAAAGCACUGAAGAAAAAAUAUGAUGGAUACACCAAACAUGAAGUUGAACUGGCUUGUACUGUAAGCAGUAGUUUGGCCAUUGUUGGUUGGUAUAAAGGAGAGACAAAGUUGGAAGAUAAUGAUAAAUUUAGUAUCUCUAAAGAUAUUAACGGAGUCUGUAGACUGACUAUUAAAGAUGCGACAUUUGAUGAUGCUGGUGAUUACACCUGCAAACUAGAAAAACAAACCGAAAAGACACAAACUAAAGUUAAUAUUGUAGACUACCCAUAUAAAUUCGUGAAAGUACUUAAGCAUCAACAACUUAUAGAAAAAGAAAAUGUUACAUUAGUAUGUGAGCUCAACGAUGCUGGUGGUGAUGUACAGUGGUUUAAGAACGGAGAAGAAAUCAAACCAGAUAAACGAGUAGUUAUCAGUAAAGAUGGUCGCAAACGCAAACUGGUAAUUAAAGACGCCAAAGUUACUGAUGCUGGUAUGUACUCUUGUACUACCAAUGCAGACAAAACCGAAGCUGAGCUUAUUGUGAACUACUUGAACCGCUUUAACAAAAAACUGAAAGACACUGUUGCUGUUGAACGAGAAAAACUAGUUUUGGACAUUGAACUACAAGAUCAAACAGCCCCGUGCGAGUGGUUGUUCAAUGGCGAACCAAUCAAGCCCUCUGAGAGAGUCGAGAUCAAAAACUUGGGAGGUGGCAAGCACCAACUCAUAUUUAAUGGUUUAGAUAUGGCAGAUGACGGUGAAAUUAAGUGUGUAUCAGGAAAACUUGAAUCUUCCAUGAUGCUUUCCGUCAAAAAAGGUGAAAGCAAGCCUGAAAUUGACUUCCCAUCAGACUUCGCUGCACCAAUUAGCAAACCUAUUGUCCUUGAAGUACCAUACAAAAUUAGUGGAACCAGACAGACACCUUUGGAAGCUAAACUUAUCAAAGACGGAAAGGUACUACCUCUAAAAGACGUAGAGACAAUAAUUUCAGACGACAAAGUCAUAUUCAAAAUUAAAAAACCAUCCAGAGACCAAUCUGGUCCAUACCAGAUCAAAUUAUCGAACGGGCAAGGUGAGGAUGUUAAAGAUGUCAAGAUCACCAUGCAGGACGUUCCUGCUCCACCAGAAGACGUUAAUGUAACAGAUAUAUUCCAAGACAACUGUAAAAUAUCCUGGAAACCACCCAAAGAUAAUGGUGGAGCACCUCUUCUCCAUUAUGUUGUUGAACGACAAGAUCUCAGUCUCAAAGCUGGUUGGGAAAAUGUUGGUGAAGUAAAAGCCAAUGAACCAACUACAUUCAAAGUUGAAAAACUAAUUCCCAAGAAAGAAUAUAAAUUCAGAAUCAGAGCUGUUAACCAGCUAGGUCCUAGCGAACCUGCUCUAUUCGGUAAACCAGUAUUAGCUAAAGAUCCUUGGGAUGAAGCCAGCAAGCCUAAAGAUGUAGAAGUAGUUGACUGGGAUGUUGACCACGCAGACAUUACUUGGAAGACACCUGACAGCGAUGGUGGAGCUCCUAUUACUGGCUACGUUAUUGAAUUUAAAGAAAAAUUCGCCAAAGAUUGGAAAACCGGUGUUGAAGUACCAGGUGACCAACUGAAAGGAACUGUUCCUAAACUCAAGGAAAACAGUCAGUACGAAUUUAGAGUAAGGGCUAUUAAUAAGGCUGGACCAGGAGAACCUAGUGAUCCCACCAAACCUAUCAUAGCUAAGUGUAGAUUCGUAAAACCAUUUAUUAUUGGUAAUGACUUAAACAGUAUUAUUAUCAAGAAGGGACAAGUUGUAAAGUACGAUAUUAAGUACGGGGGUGAACCAGAACCCGAGGUGCAAUGGUUCCUCGAUAAAAAAGAAAUCAAACCCGACUUGGAAGAAAGAGUUACUAUCGACAAAUAUGACAGAAACACUAUUAUUACAGUACGCAGAUGUACAAGAGCUGACAGUGGAAAAUAUCGUUUGGUACUUACCAACAGCUCUGGUACUUGUGAAGGGGUGGCGGAAGUUAUUGUUUUAGAUAAACCUACACCACCCAAAGCUAUGAAAGUCGAGGAAAUCCGUGCAGAUCACGUUAAAGUUGCAUGGCAAAAACCAGAAGAUAUGGGUGGUACUGACCUAACUGGUUAUAUAUUAGAAAAAAUGGAUAUGGACACAGGAAGAUGGAUUCCUGCAGGUGAAGUUGGUCCUGAUGAAUCAAACUUUACGUUUAAGAACCUGACACCUAAGAAGAAAUACAAAUUUAGAGUUCGAGCUAAAAAUAAAGAAGGAGAAUCUGAACCUUUGGAAACCGAUGACUUUAUUCUAGCCAAGAAUCCUUACGAUGAGCCCGGAGCACCUGGACAACCAGAAAUCUUUGACUAUGACAACAAGAGUGCCAGCCUUAAAUGGGCUAAACCAGAUAGCGAUGGUGGGCGCCCUAUCACCCAUUACACAGUCGAAAUGAAAGAUAAGUUUGCAGCUGAUUGGACUGAGGUAGCCAAGACGCCUGACGCUACUCCUGAAGUGGUCGUACCUGGUUUAAAAGAAAAUAUGGUAUAUCAAUUCCGUGUGAAAGCACACAAUAAAUCAGGACCUAGUGUACCUUCCGCACCAACAGCUAACCACCUCUGCAAACACAAAAACUUAAAACCAAGAAUUGAUCGUGAAACAUUUAGAGCUGUCACUAUAAAAGCUGGCCGUACUCAUAAGUGGGCAGUUGACUUUAUGGGAGAGCCUCCACCAUCUGUCAAAUGGGUAUGGAGAGAUGACAUUCCAUUAUCAAAUAGUGAACGUAUCAAGAUAGAAAACUCCGACUACCAUACGGACUUCACACUCCUCAACGCUGUUCGUAAAGACUCAGGAAAAUACACGCUUACUAUUGAAAACGUUAACGGAAAGGAUACUGAAACAGUUGAACUGACUGUAUUGGGCAAACCAGCAGCCCCUGAAGGACCUUUAGUUGUAUCUGAUGUGACUGCAGAAAAAGCUAAAGUUAGCUGGAAGAAACCAGAAGAUGAUGGAGGUACUCCAAUCAAAGAAUACGAAAUUGAAAAGAUGGAUAUGGCUACAGGCAAAUGGGUACGUGUUGGUCGUUUGCCUGCUGACAGAAUGUCACCUGACGGUAAAGGAGAAUUCGAAGUCACUGGGCUCGUACCCGGAUCUGAGUACAAAUUCAGGGUGACAGCUGUCAAUGCUGAAGGUGAUUCCGAACCUUUGGUUUCUGAAAGACCAGUUGUAGCCAAGAAUCCAUUCGACGCGGCUGGAAAACCAGGUACUCCAGAAAUAAUCGAUUAUGACAACAAAGGAGUUAACCUCAGAUGGACACCUCCUAAAGAUGACGGUGGUGCUCCAAUUGAAAAAUACAUCAUUGAAAAGAAAGAUAAAUAUAAACCCGACUGGGAAAAAGCUACUGAAGUACCUGCAGAUCAACUAGAAGCUCGCGUCGAAGACCUCAAAGAGCGUGGGGAGUACCAAUUCCGUGUAAUACCAGUCAACAAGGCUGGUCGUGGUACACCAUCAGAUGCAAGUCAAAUGCAAAUUAUCAAACAUAGAGCACUUAAGCCUAGGAUCGAUAGAACAAAUCUCAAACCUAUCAUGGUCCGUGCUGGAAAACCAAUCAAGUACGAUGUUGAUGUUAAAGGUGAACCUGCCCCAACCUGCACUUGGUUCCAUGUUGACAAAGAAGUAAAAUCAGAGGGAAAUAUAGAAAUAAUAAAUGUCGACUACAAUACUAAGAUCAACAUUACUAAUUCUAUCAGAAAGAACACCGGUGUUUAUAAAAUUAAAGCUGUGAAUGAACAUGGCUUUGAUGAAGCUGAAGUUGAAGUGACAGUACUGUCAUCUCCUUCCAAACCAAAAGGUCCUCUUAAAGUUACAGAUGUCACCAAAGGUGGAUGUAAACUUAAAUGGGAAAAACCAGAGGAUGAUGGAGGUAAACCCAUCACCGGCUAUCAAGUUGAGAAAUACGACAAAGCAACUGGCAGAUGGGUUCCAGUUGGAAGAACUGGACCAAAUGAUACUGAAAUGGAUGUUAAGGGUUUACAAGAAGGACAUGAAUAUGACUUCCGUGUUAAAGCUAUCAACGAUGAAGGGGAAUCAGAACCACUUGAAUCAGAUGGUUCGAUAAUUGCCAAAAAUCCUUACGAUAUUCCUGGUAAACCAGGAACUCCUGAAAUUACUGACUGGGAUGCUGAUCGCGUUGAUUUGAAAUGGACUGCUCCAAAAAGCAGUGGAGGAGCACCUAUCACUGGCUAUGUCAUUGAGAAAAAAGAGAAGUUCUCAACAUCUUGGGACGAAAUCCUUUCUACAGACUCUCCUUCUUGUGAAGCCCGAGUACCCGGACUUAAAGAAGGAAACACAUAUCAGUUCCGGGUACGAGCUGUUAACAAGGCUGGUCCAGGAGAACCUAGCGAUGCAACUAAUCCACACAUUGCUAAAGCUAGACAUUUACGUCCACUCAUCAAUCGUGAAAAACUACACACUGUUAAAGUUCGUGCUGGACAACUUGUCAAAUUUGACGUAGACGUCAAAGGUGAGCCUCCACCGGUUUGCACGUGGAGUUUCGCUCACAAACCACUUGAAAAUGGUGGUAAUGUCAAGAUCGAAAACGAAGAUUAUAAUACAAAACUUCAAUUAAGUGAGACAAGAAGGAAAGAUACUGGAACUUACACUCUAAAAGCAGAAAAUGAUUCUGGUUUUGAUGAAGCCACUGUAGAGGUUAUUAUCUUGGACAAACCAGGAAAACCUGAAGGACCUCUUGAUGUUUCCGAUGUUCAUAAAGAAGGCUGCAAACUUAAAUGGGACAAACCCAAAGACGACGGUGGUUUGCCAAUAACUGGUUACGUCAUUGAAAAACAAGAUGUUCAAACUGGACGUUGGGUACCAGCAGGAUUUGUAGAUGCGGACAAGACAGACCAUGAAAUAACUGGUCUUGAACCCAACAAAAAGUACAACUUUAGAGUCAAAGCUGUUAACGAGGAAGGUGAAUCCGAACCCCUCGAAUCAGACGCAUCUAUACAUGCUAAGAACCCAUAUGACAUCCCCGCACCACCCGGUUUACCAGAAAUUGUUGACUGGGAUGAAAGAUCUGUCAAACUUAAGUGGGACAAACCAGUCAGAGAUGGUGGAUCUCCAAUUACUGGUUAUGUUAUUGAAGCCAUGGAUAAAUUCGGAGGACAGUUUGUUAAAGUAGCAGAAGUUGGGCCUCAAUGUAACGGAACCGUACCAAAACUUGAAGAAGGUAACCAAUAUAAGUUCCGUGUAAGAGCUGUCAAUAAAGCAGGUCCUUCUGAACCAUCUGAACAAACCAACUGGCAUACCGCUAAGGCCAGGUUCCUUAAACCUCUUAUUGACCGAACCAACCUUAAACCAACGACUAUUAAAGCUGGUCUAUCUAUCAGUUUAGACAUCAACAUUCAAGGUGAACCUCCACCGAAGGUCACCUGGUUAUUCAAUGGCCAAGAAAUUCAAUCAACUGAAGAAAUUCGAAUUGAUAAUGUGGAUUACAAUACUAAAUUCUUUGUCCUUAAAUCUAAACGUCUUCAUUCUGGCAAAUAUACAAUUAUUGCUAAGAACGAAGUGGGUGAAGAUCAAGCUGAAAUUGAUAUUUCGGUUCUUGGUAAACCUAAGGCACCAAAGGGUCCACUUGAGGUUAGUGAUGUGACCAAACAUGGAUGUAAACUCAAAUGGAAAAAGCCAGAAGAUGACGGUGGUUCUCCCAUUGAUCAUUACGAAAUCGAAAAACUGGAUCCACUUACUGGACAAUGGAUACCUUGUGGUAGAAGCAACGAACCUGAAGCUAAUAUUACUGGUCUCCAAGAAGGUAAACCUUAUAAAUUUAGAGUUAAAGCUGUAAACAAAGAAGGAGAAUCUGAACCAUUAGAAACUGAGAAAACUAUCAUUGCUAAAAAUCCAUUUGAUGAACCUGGCAAACCUGGCCGCCCAGAACUCAAAGAUUGGGACAAGGACUUUGUAGAACUUGCAUGGAGGCCUCCAGUAAGUGACGGAGGAGCACCAAUUCAAAAAUAUAUUAUUCAAAUGCACGAUAAAGCUGGUCGUGGCUGGGUAGAUGCAGCAACUGUUCCUGGAGAUAGAACUACUGGCAGAGUCGAAGCCGUAGAAGAGGGACACGAAUAUGAAUUCCGUAUUGUUGCUGUAAACAAAGCAGGUCCUAGCGAACCUAGCGAUCCAUCUAAACCAGUUGUAGCCAAGCCAAGAUUCCUGGCACCAAAGAUCGACCGUAAGAACCUGAAUAAAAAAGUACUACGUACAGGACAAUUAUUGCGAUUGGAAGCAGAUGUUAAAGGUGAACCUGCUCCAGUUGUUGUAUGGACUUUGAAAGAGCAGACUCUAAGAAACAACGAUAGAAUUAAGAUUGAUAAUGAAGAUUACCACACUUGCUUCAUAAUGAAGAACGUUCAAAGAAGCGAUACUGCUACCUAUACUGUUACUGCUAGAAACGACUCUGGAGUAGACACUGUAGAAGUAGAACUCCAAGUUAUUGCUAAACCUACCAAACCUAAAGGCCCUCUGAAGGUAUCAGAUGUUACCGCAGAAGGUUGUAAACUUAAAUGGGAACCUCCUGAAGAUGAUGGAGGUGAACCUAUUACCGGAUACGUAGUUGAACGUAUGGACGUCGAAAGCGGACGAUGGGUGCCAGUAACUACCACAAAAACACCAGAAGCAGAUGUUACUGGCCUUAAUGAAGGAAAAGAUUAUCAGUUCAGAGUAAAAGCUGUGAAUUCUGAAGGAGAAUCAGAACCUUUAGUAACUGAUGUUCCAACCACAGCUAAGAAUCCAUACACCGAACCUGAUGCUCCUGGCAAACCGGAAAUAAAAGACUGGAGUAAGAAACAUGCUGACCUUAAAUGGACUCCACCUAAAAAUGAUGGUGGUGCACCAGUUGAGAAAUACAUCAUCGAAAAGAAAGAUCCUGUUACCGGAAAGUGGCAGAAAGCCGUUGAAGUUCCUGGUAAUAAAACAGAAGCUAAGGUUCCUGAUUUACAAGAAGGACAAAAAUAUCAAUUCAGAGUCAAAGCUGUUAACAAGGGAGGCGACAGCAAACCAUCUCCUCCAUCAGAAACAAUUACUGCUAAAGACAGAUUCGUUCCACCCAAGAUUGAUCGCACAAACCUUAAAGAUUUUACCGUUCGUGCUGGUCAGCAUAUCAGGUUAGAUGUCAAAGUUAGUGGUGAACCACCACCGACCAAGACUUGGUUCCUCAACAAAGCUCGUAUUGAGAACAGAGAUGAUAUUACUGUGGAUCUCGAAGAUUACAGAACCAAAUUGGUAAUAGGUGUAUUAAAGAGAGAACAUACUGGUACCCUAACUCUAAAAGCUGAAAAUGAUUCUGGAAGAGAUGAAGCCAGUAUCGAAAUUAAAGUUUUGGAUAAACCUUCUAAACCUGAGGGUCCACUUAAAAUCAGUGAUGUACACAAAGAAGGCUGUACUCUUAAAUGGAAUCCUCCUCAAGAUGACGGUGGUGUUCCUAUUGAAUAUUAUCAAGUUGAAAAACUUGAUACAGCUACCGGACGAUGGGUACCGGCAGGUAGAACCAAAGAUCCUAAAAUUGAACUUAAUAACUUAGAACCUGGCCAAGAAUAUAAAUUUAGAGUUUCAGCUGUUAACGCAGAAGGUGAAUCGGAACCUUUAGAAGCAGAGCAAACGAUAGUAGCUAAGAAUCCAUUUGACGAACCGGGAGCGCCUGGCCAACCUGAAGUCACAGAUUGGGACAAAGACCGUGUUGAUCUAAGAUGGACUCCACCUGCGAAUGAUGGUGGAUCUCCAAUCACUGGAUAUAUUAUUGAAAAACGGGAGAAAGGAUCACCAAAAUGGACCAAAGCUGGAGAAACUGGUCCAUUCGAAACAAAGGGUACUGCCGAUAAUCUCGAUGAAGGAGUUGAGUACGAGUUUAGAGUGAGAGCUGUUAAUGCCGCAGGUCCUGGCGAGCCAAGUCAAGCAUCCAAGUCUGUCAUUACGAAGCCCAGACGAUUGGCUCCAAAGAUUGAUCGCCGAAACCUGAACAACCUAACAGUAAAGGAAGGUGAACCAAUCUACAUUGAUGUCAAGAUCAGUGGAGAACCAGCGCCCGAUGUUUCAUGGUACCAAGACGACAGAACUCUAAUCCAAACCUCCCAUAAACGCAUUGAUAAUAUCCCAUACAACUCCAAGUUCUUCAACGAUAAACCCGAACGCAAGGACACUGGAGUGUAUAAGAUUGUUGCUACAAACAAGUUUGGACAAGAUCAGGCAGAAAUCGAAAUUACAGUUGUUUCGAAGCCAGGCCAACCCGAAGGUCCUCUGGAAGUAUCAGAUAUUCACAAGGACGGCUGUACAUUAAAAUGGAAGAAACCCAAAGAUGACGGUGGAGAACCAAUUGAAAACUACGUUGUUGAAAAGUUCGAUCCGGAAACUGGAAUAUGGCUGCCAGUUGGAAAAACUACUGGCGCUGUACCAGAAAUGAAAGUCGAUGGUCUUACUCCUGGACAUGAAUAUAAAUUUAGAGUCAAAGCAGUUAAUAAAGAGGGUGAAUCUGAACCUCUUGAGACUCUUGGAACCAUUGUAGCUAAAGAUCCCUACACUACUGCUGGAAGACCUGGUACACCAGAACCAGAAGAUUGGUCUGCUAAUCAUGUAGAUCUUAAGUGGACUGAACCAAUAUCAGAUGGAGGUUCCCCUAUUACCGGCUAUAUCAUUGAAAUUAAAGACAAAUACAGUCCUAUUUGGGAAAAAGCUUUGGAGACCACUACUCCCAAGCCAUCGGCCACAAUCCCAGGUUUAAUUGAAGGAAAUGAAUAUCAGUUCAGAGUAGUAGCAGUAAAUGAAGCUGGAUUGAGUCCUCCAUCCGACGCUAGCAAAACAUUUGUUGCUAAGCCAAGAUUCUUGGCACCUAAAAUUGACAGACGUUAUCUACACGACGUCACAAUUUCCGCUGGAUCACCUCUUAAAUUUGAAGCUAACAUCAUCGGUGAACCCCCACCGUCUGUAGAAUGGCGCUUUAACGGUGGAACUCUUAAAAAUGACAACCGUACUACAAUUGACAAUGUUGAUUACAAUACUAAGAUAGCAAUUCGCCCUGUAAACAGAGACGACACUGGCGAAUACAAAGUUACAGCUUCAAACAGCUCAGGAAAAGAUACACAUGUUAUUAAUGUAACUGUUACUGAUAAACCUACACCACCUCAAGGACCACUUCAAGUAUCCGAUGUUAACAAAAAUGGAUGCAAACUUAAGUGGAAGAGACCUAAAGAUGAUGGUGGUACUCCCAUUGAAUAUUAUCAAGUUGACAAAAUGGAUCCAGAAACUGGAUGCUGGGUCCCAUGUGGAAGAUCUACAGACCCUAACUUCGAAGUAACUGGACUCACUCCCGGUCAUGAAUACAAAUUCAGAGUAGCUGCUGUCAAUGCUGAGGGAGAAUCUAAACCACUCGAAGCUGAACAGACAAUAGUUGCUAAAAAUCCAUUUGAUGAACCGGGAGCACCUGGUCACCUUAAAGCAACAGAUUGGGAUAAAGAUCAUGUGGAUUUGGCUUGGACUCCACCUAAAGAUGAUGGAGGUUCCCCAGUAACUGGUUACAUCAUUGAAAAGAAAGAUAAAUUUGGAGACUGGGAGAAGGCACUGGAAGUUCCUGGUGACCAACUUAAGGCUACUGUGCCAGAUCUUAUUGAAGGUCAACCUUACCAAUUCCGUGUGAGGGCUGUGAAUGCCGCUGGUCCUGGUGAUGCUAGUAAUGAAACACCAACUAUUAUUGCUAAACCACGCAAUUUGGCACCAAAGAUUGACAGAACUAACCUCAUUGAUGUUAAAAUCCGUGCUGGACAAAGCUUUGGCUUUGAUGUUAAGGUGUCUGGUGAGCCAAUGCCUACCACUAAAUGGCUGAUUAAAAAUAAAGAACUCAAGAGUGGUGAUGGAAUGAAAGUACAACAUGGAGAGUACAAUACCAAAAUUAAUGUUAAAAAUGCAACACGUGCCGAAUCCGGAACUUAUACUAUUACAGCAGAAAACGCUAAUGGAAAAGAUAUUGCUGAAGUUGAAGUAAUCGUAUUAGAUGUCCCAAGUCCACCAGGUGGGCCUCUUAAAGUAUCUGAUGUCCACGCUAAUGGAGCUAAACUUAGCUGGAGGCCACCAGCUGACGAUGGUGGACAACCCGUCGAAAGAUAUAUCGUCGAGAAGAUGGACGAAGCUACAGGUCGCUGGGUACAAGCCGGUGAAACUGACGGCCCUGAAACAUCUUUAGCCGUAGAUGGUUUAGUUCCUGGACACAAAUAUAAGUUCAGGGUAAGAGCAGUCAACAGACAAGGUAAAUCAGAACCUCUUCAAACUACCCAAGCUGUUGAAGCUAAAAAUCCAUUUGACCAACCUGGAAAAACAUCUGCUCCAGAGAUUAUCGAUUACGAUACAGAUUUCGUUGAGCUUAAAUGGGAUAAACCAGAAAAUGAUGGUGGUUCACCAAUUACAGGAUAUGUUAUUGAAAAACGUGACAAAUAUAAUCCCAACUGGGAGAAAUGUGCUGAAGUUGAAGGGGAUGUUCCUAAAGGAAAAGUUAAAGACCUCAUUGAAGGCACGCCUUAUGAGUUCAGAAUCAGGGCGAUCAACAAAGCAGGUCCAGGAGAACCAAGUGACGCAUCUAAAAUCCAUGUUGCUAGACCCAAAAAUCUUGCUCCAAAGAUCGACAGAAACUUCUUCGCGGACCUUAAGAUUAAAGUGGGUUCCUCAAUUGAGUACAAUGUACCAGUUAUCGGAGAACCUCCUCCGUCUAAAGAAUGGAAGCAUAAAGAGGACGUUCUUUUCAACAACGAUCGUGUCAAAAUCGUUAGUGAAAACUACAAAACUAGUCUUAAAAUUACAGAUGCUAAAAGAUCUGAUAGUGGACCAUAUACCCUUACUGUUAAAAACGCUAACGGCAGAGAUGAAGCAACAGUUAAAGUCACAGUACUUGACGUUCCCACUCCUCCGGAAGGUCCUCUUAGACCUGAUAAUGUUACUAAGAGCUCAAUGACACUUCACUGGAAACCACCCAAAGAUAACGGUGGUACAGAAAUCACACAUUACACUGUAGAAAAACUUGAUACCGAAAAUAUGAGAUGGGUACCAUGUGGAGAAGCAAUAGGUACCUCCAUGCGAGUUGAUCAUCUGUCAGAGGGACACGACUAUCAAUUUAGGGUCAAAGCAGUCAACAAAGAAGGAGAAUCUGCUCCACUAAUGACAACUGAACCUAUUACUGCUAAGGAUCCAUUUACAAAACCAGACAGACCUGGAGUUCCACAAGCUACAGAUUGGGACAAAGACCACGUGGAUCUUGAAUGGACUCCACCUAAGAAAGACGGCGGAGCACCAAUCAGUGAAUAUAUCAUUGAAAAAAGACCUAGGCAUGGAACUUGGGAAAGAGCCUGUGAGGUUCCUGGUAAUACUACCAAAGCUACAGUACCUAAUUUAGUCGAAGGAGAAGAGUACGAAUUCAGAGUAAUCGCUGUCAACAAAGGAGGACACAGUGAUCCUAGUGAAGCUAGUCUUCCAGUCAUUGCCAAACCUAGAUUCCAGGCUCCAACAUUCAACAAGAAUCUACUUGAAGAUAUUACUGUUAAGGCUGGACAACGCUUUGGAUGGACCAUUCCAAUUGAAGCAUCUCCCAAGCCUACAGCUAAGUGGACCUGUAAUGGCAAAGAAAUAAAAUCAAGUGACAGAAUUGAUAUGGCCGUAUACAACAACAAAGUUUCCUUCGAUACUUCUUCAUCUGUAAGAUCAGAUGCUGGAAGAUACACAUUAACCCUCACUAAUGAUUUGGGUAGCUUUUCUGCUUCAGCACAAGUUACUGUAAUAGACAGGCCUAGUCCACCACAACCUCCACUAGAUGUCAGCAGUGUUACUAAAGAUAGUGCAAGACUCAGUUGGAAGAUACCUUUGGAUGACGGUGGAUCUCCUAUUUUGCAUUACAUUGUGGAAAAAAUGGACGUAUCACGUGGUACCUGGUCAGAUGCAGGAAUGGCUACUAUUACGUCUCAUGAUAUUACAAGAUUAAUUCACCGAAAAGAAUAUUACUUCAGAGUUAAAGCUGUUAAUGCUGUCGGUGAAUCAGAACCACUUGAAACACCAAAAAGUAUUAUCGCCAAAAAUGAAUUUGAUGAACCAAGUGCACCUGGUAAACCAGCCGUUACCGACUGGGACAAAGAUCAUGUCGACCUGGAAUGGAAUCCACCCAAGAGCGAUGGUGGAUCCCCCAUCACAGGAUACAUUAUCCAAAAGAAAGAAAAGGGAAGUCCAUAUUGGACCAACGCUGUACAUGUACCAGCAAGUAAAAAUAAUGCUACAGUACCUGACUUAACAGAAGGACAAGAAUAUGAGUUUAGAGUUAUUGCCACCAACACUGCCGGUCAGAGCGAACCCUCUGAACCAUCUGAUUUAGUCACAGCUAAAGCCAGAUUCUUGGCACCCAAAAUUAAGACGCCCCUUAAUGACAUACGCAUUAAAGCUGGACUUAUUUUACAUAUCGAUGUAGACUUUAUUGGGGAACCAUGCCCAGAGGUAACAUGGACUGUGGGAAGCAAACCAUUAUCUGCUAAUGAGCGUACUACUGUAACAUCAAUUGGAUACCAUACAACCAUUCAUACUGUUAAUGCCAAACGUACAGACAGUGGUUUGUAUCAUAUUUUGUUGAAGAACAGUUCUGGUAUUGACGAAGGGUCAUUCCAAGUUACAGUAUUGGAUCGCCCUGGUCCUCCACAGAAACCGAUAGAAUAUGAAGAAGUAACUGCCCAGAGUGUCACACUCUCUUGGAAGGCACCAAAGGACAAUGGUGGCAGCGAAAUAACUGGCUAUGUUAUCGAAAAACGAGACUUAACACAUGGUGGUGGAUGGGUACCCGCUGUCAACUAUGUGAACCCUAAAUAUCAGCAUGCCAUUGUACCAAGAUUGCUGGAAGGAACCAAAUAUGAAUUUAGAGUAUUUGCUGAAAAUAUGCAGGGUCGCUCAGAUCCAUUAGAAACUGACAAACCCAUUGUAGCCAAGAAUCAAUACGAUGUACCUGGAAAGCCAGGCAAACCCGAAUUAGUAGACAGUGAUAAGGAUCACAUUAAGAUCAAAUGGUCUGCUCCUAUUAGCAACGGAGGAUCUCCUAUUAUUGGUUACGAUAUCGAACGUCGUGACAGAGCUACUGGACGAUGGGUCAAAAUCAAUAAGGAACCCACUAGAAAUACAGAAUACUAUGACGAUAAAGUACAAGAAGGUCACCAAUAUGAAUACAGAGUAUCUGCAGUCAAUGCUGCUGGUAAUGGUAAGCCAAGCGAUGCUUCUAAUACAUUUACGGCUAAACCUAUGAAAGAGAAACCCAAAUUGUGGCUUGAUGGUAUCAUUGGACGCAAGAUCAAGGUCCGUGCUGGAGAGCCUAUUAACAUUAAUAUUCCAUUAUCUGGAGCACCGGCACCAAAAUGCGAAUGGAGCAAAAACAAGAUUACUGUACCAGAGUCCAACAGAGUAUACACUGAAACCAACAGUGAACACACCAGACUUCGUGUGGAAGUAUCAAAUAGAGAUGAUACUGGUACUUACACCAUUAAAGCAUCUAACGAAUAUGGUACAGAUGAGGCAGAUAUUCAAGUAGUUGUUGUAGAUAAACCUGGAAUGCCUAAAGGUCCACUACAAUAUACUUCAACAACGCAAGAUACAAUCUCACUGUCGUGGAAUCCACCUGAUGACGAUGGAGGUGGUGAUUUAACUGGCUACAUUGUCGAAGUAAGCGAAUAUGGAACUGACAGCUGGCGCCCAUGCCCAGGAUUCUGUCCAAGACCUUCAUUUACAGCUCGAGGUUUAACGGAAGGAAAGAAAUACGUAUUUAGGGUUCGUGCUGAAAAUAUAUACGGUGUGUCAGAACCAUUAGAAGGUAAACCAGUCAUCGCCAAGAGUCCAUUCGAUCCUCCAGGAGCACCCAGUAGACCACAAGUUACUGGUUAUUCAGCCUCCUCUUGUUCCCUUAAGUGGAAUCCUCCAACAUCUACUGGUGGAAAGCCUAUUACUGGCUAUUAUGUCGAAAAACGCGAAAGAGGUGGAGACUGGGUCAAAGUUAACACUUACCCUACACCAAAUACUCAAUAUACUGUACAAGACUUAAGAGAAGGCAACAAAUAUGAAUUCCGUGUUGUUGCUGUCAACGAAGCAGGUCCUGGUGAACCUAGUGAACCAACUGAACCAAUCAUUGCUCAAACUCAACGAUUUGUACCUGAUGCUCCUGAACCACCUAAAGCUGACCGUAUUACCAAAGAUAGUGUUACACUAUCUUGGAGGCCACCAAGAAAUGAUGGUGGAUCUAAAAUAAGGGGCUACGUUGUACAAAAACGGCCUAUUGAUUCUGAUAAAUGGACAGAUGUAAAUGCCACUCCAGUUAAUGACACUGUAUAUACAGUUCCUAACUUAAACGAAGGUGAAACAUAUCAAUUCAGACUCAUUGCUGUUAAUGAUGUAGGUAGAUCUGAACCUAGUAAACCAAGCAGCAAUAUUAAAGUGGAAGAACAACCUAACAAACCUCGCAUGGACCUGGGAGGUGUUCGUGAUAUCACCGUUAGAGCUGGUGAAGAUUUCAGUAUUCAUGUACCAUACGUUGGUUUCCCUAAACCUACAGCUUCAUGGUUUGCUAAUGAUAAACUUCUUGAUGAAUCUGAUACAAGAGUAUUCCCACAAUUAGCCGACGAUUACGCUAGUAUUAUUGUUAAGAAUUCGAAGAGAUCAGAUAGCGGUCAGUAUAGAUUGCAAUUAAAGAAUCCAUCUGGUUUCGACACCGCCACAAUAAACGUGAAAGUAUUAGAUAGGCCUGGCAAACCUGAAAAUCUUAGAGCUGAUGAAUUUGCUGGAGACGCUCUCACACUUUAUUGGCAACCACCUAAAGAUAAUGGUGGUGCUGAUAUCACCAAUUACAUUAUUGAAAAGAAAGAAGCCAAAUCACAAACAUGGUCUAAGGUGAGCAGUUAUGUAACUGUUCCAUUUGUUAGAAUACGAAAUCUUACACUUGGUAAAGAUUAUGACUUCAGAGUUAUUGCUGAAAAUCAAUACGGACAAUCUGAGCCAGCUGUAACUUCAGAACCAAUUAAAGCAAGACAUCCAUUUGAUCCUCCAGGAGCACCUGGAGCACCAAGAGGUAUUGAAACCACUGAAGAUUCUAUUACUAUUACUUGGGCCAAGCCCAGACAUGAUGGUGGUUCACCCAUUACAGGCUAUGUAGUCGAAAAACGAUUGAUUACUGAAGAUAAAUGGACGAAAGCUUGCCACGCUCAAGUACCUGAUACAACUCUUAAAGUUAUUAACUUAAUUGAAAAUCAUGAAUACGAAUUUAGAGUAGCUGCCUUAAAUGCUGCCGGACAAGGACCUUGGAGUUCUGCUUCUGACGCCAUAUGUGCUAGAGCUGCUCCAAGUGCACCAAAGAUCACUUCAGAUUUGAGUAUACGAGACAUGAUUGUCAUUGCUGGCGAAGAACUAAAGAUCACAGUUCCAUUUACUGCUACACCUAAACCCAAAGCAUCUUGGUCCAUUAAUGGAGAUGAUGUUAUAGCUGACACCAGAAUUAAAAUGGAAACUACAGAUAUUACUUCUGUAUUCGUAAAUAAAUCAGCUAAACGAUCAGACACAGGUAGUUAUACUAUUAAACUGACGAAUUCAGAAGGUUCAGAUUCUGCAUCUUGCAGAGUUUUAGUAGUAGACAGACCAUUACCACCUCAAGGUCCACUUGAUAUUUCAGAUGUUACACCUGAUAACUGUUCUCUUGCAUGGAGACCACCAACAGAUGACGGUGGUUCACCGAUCACCAACUAUAUUGUAGAAAAACUUGACACCAAUGGUAUUUGGGUUAAAGUCAGCAGUUUCGUACGCAAUACUCACUACGAUGUAAUGAGCUUAGAACCAAAUAGGAAAUACAGUUUUAGAAUCAGAGCUGAAAACCAGUAUGGUAUUAGUGAACCUUUGGAAAGCACAGAACCAGUUACAGCUAAAUAUCCAUUCACAGUUCCAGAUGCACCUGGUGCACCUAGAGUAACUGACUGGGAUUCAUCAACAAUAUAUCUUUCAUGGGAUAAACCUAAUAACGAUGGAGGCUCACGUAUACAAGGAUAUAAACUGGAGUAUAGAGAUAUCGCCCACGAUACCCAUUGGCAGAGUGCAAGCACUUAUCUCAUUAAAGAUACACACUUCGAUCUGUUCAACCUAACAAGCGGACAUGAAUACGAAUUUAGAGUCCGCGCAAAGAACGCUGCUGGUUUUGGUAAACCAUCAGCCUCUUCAGCUACAUUCAAACUUAAAGGUAAAUAUAACGUACCAGCUCCUCCACGCAAUCCUAAAGUCAUUAACGUCGGUAAAGGUUACGUUGAUCUUACUUGGGAACCACCAACUACUGAUGGAGGUUCUAGGAUAACAGGAUAUAUCAUUGAAAAGAGAGAAAUUGGAUCUCCCUUAUGGACUAAAUGCAAUGAUUACAACGUUACUGACACCAACUACACAGUUUUGAACCUUAUGGACAAAUCAGAAUACGAGUUUAGAAUUUACGCUGUCAAUUCAGCUGGUAAGAGUGAGCCUAGUAACUGCACUACACCUGUUAGGGUAUGUGAAGUUCUUGGAGGCGAAAAACCAGACUGGCUGCGUCGUCUUAAUAACACAUCUGCACCACUUGGAAAAUCAGUUACGCUUGAAUGUGAGGCAUCGGGUAAACCUGAGCCAGCUUUUAGAUGGAUUAAAAAUGGACGUGAAAUUAAAAUUGGUGGUAGAUUUAGAACUGAAGUUAAAGGAGGCACUGCAUUCCUUCACAUAUCUGAUCUCCUUGGAAUUGAUGAAGGUGAUUACACUUGCGAAGCUAGUAAUACUCUGGGAGCUGUCACAACUACAGCCCGUCUGAAGAUUGGAACACCACCAAGAAUUGAACGUAUUCCAGAUGCCCUAUAUUUGGCCGAAGGUGACAAUACGAAGAUUAAAAUCUAUUACUCUGGAGACCAACCACUUGAUGUUACUUUGUCUAAAAAUGGACAAAAUGUUGAUGACUCCACUCAUAUUAGAUACACAGUAUUCGACGAUUACAUUAUCAUAUUUAUUAAAGAUAUUAACAAAAACGAUGCUGGCAAUUAUAACUUAACUGUCAAAAAUGAUAGUGGAAGUGCAUCUGGUAACUUUGCAGUAUACAUCACAGGUUUACCUGGACCACCAACUGGACCUUUGGAAACUACAGAGAUUACGAAACAUACUUGCAGACUCGCUUGGAAACCUCCAAGCUACGAUGGUGGCUUAAGAGUUACUCACUAUGUUGUUGAAAGAAAAGAUGUUUUGGGAACCCACUGGAUCACUGUUUCUAGCUCUUGUAAGGAUACUAACUUCACUGUACAAGGACUGACUGAAGGACAAGAAUAUCUGUUUAGAAUAUUGGCUGUUAAUGACAACGGUGCAGGACCACCGCUUGAUGGAGUUAAUCCAAUCAAAGCCAGAGCUCCAUUCGAUCCACCAGGACCACCUGGAAUACCUAAAGUCACACAAGUUGGUGGAGACUUUGUUAAUCUUGAAUGGGCUAAACCUGAAAAUGAUGGAGGAGCUCGCGUUCAAGGUUACUGGAUCGAUAAAUGUGAAGUUGGAAGCUCAACAUGGCAACGUGUCAAUGUUUCCAUAUGCUUACCAACACAGAUUAAUAUUCCAAAUCUCAUUGAAGGUCGUCAAUACGAGUUCCGAGUAUUCGCUCAAAAUGUAGCUGGCAUUUCACCACCCUCUAGUGCAUCCAACAGUGUAGAAAUUAAAGAUCCGCUUGCUGCUACACCUCCAGAAAUUAUCAAACCACUUAGAAACGCCCAAUGCAUUCAAAACCACAAUGCCAAAUUUGAAUGUACCAUCACUGGAAAUCCAGCUCCUCAUAUUACAUGGUACAAAGGUGCUAGAGAAAUUACAAGUGGUUCAAGGUAUCACAUUUACAGUGAAGGAGAAGUACAUCAUCUUGUUAUACAUGACGUAUUUGGUGAAGAUGCUGAUGAAUAUGUCUGUAGAGCAUCCAAUAAAGCUGGUGUAAAAUCUACACGUGCAGAAUUGUUAAUUAUGACUGCUCCAAAAUUGAACAUUCCUCCACGCUUCCGUGACUCGGCCUACUUUGACAAAGGUGAAAAUGUUGUUAUUAAGAUUCCAUUCACUGGUUUCCCAAGACCGAAGAUAACAUGGGUCAGAGAAGGCGAAGUAAUUGAAUCAGGAGGACAUUAUCACGUCGAAGUUAAAGACAGACAUGCCAUUCUUACCAUUAGAGAUGCAAGUAAAUUAGAUAGUGGACCUUACAGAAUAACAGCAGAGAACGAACUUGGACAAGAUACUGCUAUUAUUAAGAUUCAAAUAGCUGAUCGUCCAGAUCCACCACGUUUCCCUGCAGCUGAUAAUAUUGGUCACGACAAUUUGGCACUCACCUGGAAAGCACCUGUAUGGGACGGUGGUAGCAAUAUCACAAACUAUCUUGUAGAAAGACGUGAACAUCCAUUAUCUACAUGGAUAAGAGUAGGAAACACAAGACUGACCACAAUAGCAGUAAAUGGACUAACACCUGGACAUCAAUACGAAUUCAGAGUAUAUGCUGAGAACAUAUAUGGUCGUUCCGAUGCUUCAGACCUCAGCAGUAUUAUAACCAUGAAAGAUACCAUUAAAAAGAAGGUUGAAAAGAGGAAGUAUGAAGUUGACGAAAAUGGAAAGAAAAAACGUGAAUCCCAUACAGAAGCAGUUACGGAUUAUGAUAAAUACGUAUUUGACAUUUACUCUAAAUUUGUCCCACAACCAGUUGAAAUCAAGACUAAAUCAGUAUAUGAUGACUAUGAUGUUCUUGAAGAAAUCGGCACUGGAGCCUUUGGUGUCGUACAUCGUUGUCGUGAACGUAAGACUGGAAACAUAUUCGCCGCCAAAUUCAUUCCAGUAUCACACGCAAUGGAGAAAGAGCUCAUAAGGAAAGAAAUCGAUAUCAUGAACCAAUUACACCAUCCUAAACUUAUUAAUCUUCACGAUGCAUUCGAAGAUGACGAUGAAAUGGUUCUUAUUUAUGAAUUCCUAUCGGGCGGUGAGCUAUUCGAAAGAAUAACCGCAGAAGGCUACCAAAUGUCUGAAGCUGAAGUUAUCAAUUACAUGAGACAAAUUUGUGAAGCUAUCAAACACAUGCACGAAAGAAAUAUUAUUCACCUAGAUAUCAAACCUGAGAAUAUUAUGUGCCAGACUCGAAAGAGCACCAAUAUUAAACUCAUCGAUUUUGGAUUAGCAACUAAACUUGAUCCAAAUGAAAUUGUGAAGAUUUCAACAGGUACCGCAGAAUUCGCAGCACCUGAAAUCGUUGAAAGAGAACCUGUAGGAUUCUAUACUGAUAUGUGGGCUGUAGGUGUAUUAGGUUAUGUCCUACUAAGUGGAUUGUCGCCAUUUGCUGGGGAAAACGACAUUGAAACACUAAAGAAUGUUAAGGCUUGUGACUGGGACUUCGACGAAGAAGCAUUCACUAAUGUUUCUGAAGAAGGAAAAGAUUUUAUCCGAAGACUAUUACUUAAAAACAAAGAGAAACGUAUGACAGCUCAAGAAUGUUUGUUACAUUCAUGGCUCAGUGGAGACCACGCCGAUAGAACUGAAGUUAUUGACCGAUCCAGAUAUAUCCGUAUGCGUGACAAGAUCCGUUCUAAAUAUGAUGCUUGGGAUUCAUUUGCUCUACCAAUUGGAAGACUUUCAGAGUACUCAUCUCUAAGAAAACUAUUAAUAGACAAAUAUAAAAUACACGAUGCUUACUUUGACCGCAGACAGGCAGCACCCAGAUUCGUCAUUAAACCACAAAGUGCGUUCUGCUAUGAAGGACAAAGUGUUAAAUUCUAUUGUAGAGUUAUUGGUGUUGCUGCUGCAACAGUCAGUUGGUAUCACAAUAACGUAGAAUUGAGACAGAGCGUUAAAUUUAUGAAGCGAUAUGCUGGAGAUGACUAUUACUUUGUGAUAAACAGAGCAAGGCUGCAAGAUAGAGGAGAGUAUAUCAUUAGGGCUGAAAACCACUAUGGAGCUAGGGAAGAAGUAGUAUUCCUAAAUGUCCAACCAUUGCCUAAAGUUGUACCUGAAUACAAAUCAGAAGCACCAGUUAUUAGACGAAGAGAACCAUUACCAUACACGUUAUGGAGGGAAGAAAAAGAAUGUGCUCCAAGCUUUACUUUCUUGCUCCGACCACGUGUUAUGCAAGAGCGUGAUACUUGCAAACUGUUGUGUUGCUUAAGUGGUAAACCAUUCCCGACAGUCAAAUGGUAUAAGGACAAACGUGAGCUUAGUAAAUACGAAUAUUCUAUGUCUCACUCUGAUGGUGUAAUCACUAUGGAAAUCGUGGGAUGCAGACCUUCCGAUUCUGGAAAAUACUCCUGCGUUGCUACAAACGAACACGGCGUAGACGAAACAUCUUGUGUAGUUAUUGUAGAAGGACAAACCAGCACACCAGAACAACAAGAACUAGCCAACAAAUUACUCUAUUCAGGAGACAGGAAGUACAUUGAACAUCCUAUAAAGCCAGCUCCAAUUCCUGUAACUGUGCGAAAACCAAUACCCUCAUCAAAUCCUCACCCUCUACAACCGAAAUCUAACAAUCCUAGCACAAAUAGUUUAGCGCAUUCUUCAUCCACACUCAGUGUUGGAGAUGGAGACAAGAGGACGCCUAGGAAAUAUGGUAGAUUAGAUUCUACUGGAAGUCCAAAUAGAUCAAGAAGCGCAACUAAAGAAUUAGCACUGCCUGAUGACUCAACAAUGUACGCCCCACAAUUUACCAAAAAUCUCACAGACUUAACCAUCAAUGAUGGUGAAAGUCUAACCUUGACUGCACACGUAAAGGGAGAUCCAGAUCCUCAAAUUGUUUGGACCAAAAAUGGAAAAGCCUUGAGUUCCUCUGAAGUUGUUGACCUCAAAUACAAGAACGGAAUAGCGAAAUUACACAUAAAUGAAGUAUACCCUGAAGAUGAAGGAGAAUAUGUGUGCAGAGCAACCAACUCUGUAGGAACCUCUGAGACCAAAUGCAAACUAACCAUUAAACCAAUGGCCAAUGCCACCAACGGCAAGAAAAAAUCCUCAGAAGACAAACCCCCAAGAAUAGUAGACCAUUUGAAAUCAGCAUUUGUAGAAGACGGCAAGCCAGUAACCCUAUCUUGCCGCAUAAUAGGAGCUAACAAAUUUGAUGUAGUCUGGUUACACAACAAUAAAGAAAUCAAACCAUCCAAAGAUUUCCAAUAUACCAACGAAGCAAACAUUUACAAAUUAAUCAUUGCAGAAAUUUUCCCUGAAGAUUCUGGUGCAUACACUUGUGAAGCAUUCAACGACGCUGGAGAAAGCUUCAGCAGUUGUACACUAAAUGUUGUUGUUUCAGGGGAACAGCCCAAGAGUCCCGUUUUCAAAACAUUCCCGAUUUCCGCCACGGUAUCUGAAGGUGAAUCAGCAACCUUCGUAGCUGAGACCGAAGACGAACCAUUACAGAUAAACUGGUUGAAAGAUGGAAAAGCCAUAAAAGAAAGCAGCGCCAAAUAUAACUUUACCGCUGACGGAAAACGCUACACAUUACAAAUCUUGUCUUGUAAUUCCAACGAUAUUGGACAAUACCAAGCUAAAGCAAUUGGAAAGAAGGGAGAAACAUUCGCGGCCUUCUCACUCAACGUAGUACCACCUAGUGAAGUCUAGAAAUACUUUGAUUGCGCCAUCAAAACGCUGACUAACGAACGACUUGCUCCAAAAUUGUAUUGACGUAUAUAAACUAGUAUAUGUAAAAUUAUAUAUUUUUAAUUAAGUGUUUUAUAUGAAUCUUUGGUUGUUAAUUACUCCGUUUUGUACAUUCAUUACCAUCGGCAUCCUCUACUUGUAACAUCUACCCUUUUGGUAAAGACUUUACAAAUGAGUAAUUACCAACAACUUCUUGCAACAUCAAGCGAUAUAUUAUUUCAAGCGACAAAUCUCAUGCGACAUAUUUUAUUUCAUGUUGUUUAUUUUCGAUAGGAGCAGAAUUAUUAUCGAUUUUUUAUUUUACUGGUAUGAUAUGAGAACAUUUAUUUUAUUUAGUGUGAAAGAGCUUAGCCAUUUUUUCAUCAAACCAUCUUUAUUAAUUAUUUAAGUCUCAUAAAAACGAACAUGUUGCUUUUGCAAUGCCCAAUCAAAAUUGUACCAUAUUAUGUUAACAAGAAAAAAUAAAUAUUAUUUUUUAAAAA